AAGAAAACUAUGUCUUGAUUUAAGUCGUUGACGUGCUGGCUGAUACCCAAACAGGGGAUGAGCUGGAGAUGUCUCUGCCUGGUCCUUUCACUAUUGGCUGCUACUUCCCGGUGACAGGUAUGCUCUAGAGAUCCAUCAUUGGUGGGGUUCAGAAUGUUCUCUGGAUGCUGGGUGAACUAUAACUUCCACUUGGGUGGGUCAUUACUCCCUCCUCCUCCAAAAAUAAAAACCCUUGUGGGAGUUGAAGUCCAAAACCUGUGGAGGCCUAAAGGUCAUAGCCACGCCCUCUCCAAAGGCCUCAGGUUGGCUUGAGGGGGCGGGGCUUGCUUUUCGGGCAGGCCUGGGCGGCGUGUUAGGCCUCCGGUCGCCAUGGCAACGAGAGGCUAGCGCGCGAGGGAGCGCGCGAGCGAAGGUGGUGGGAUGUAUGACCGGGCCCCGCGCGCCUUGACUCCCACUUUGGGCUGCACCCAGUCGCACUUGGGACCCGGAUGUUACGACUUGCCUUCCCAGAGCAGGCCACUCCGAGAUGGUUUUGCUCCAUUUCUUUCUCUGGCAAGUCGUGGUCUUGAAACCGUUAGUCAAAAUGCUGAAGAUGAUAUUCCAGGGCCAGGACAUUAUGAAAUUGACAGAACACAGAAAGCUAUUAAAGGAGGGCAAAGUCUUCAGAAUAAAGAGAAACGUUUCAGAGAUAUCCAAACUCAUACUCCUGGACCUGGAACAUAUGACGAAUCUCAUUCAAUGGCUCAGGAUAUCAUAAAGCCGAAAAGAUCAGCUCAAGUAACUGCUGCACAGAAACUUGCAAACAGUAUCAAAGUCUUCCGGAAGACAGAAGCUCCCUCUAUCCCUUCGCAGGGACAAGCAUACGGUUAUGAAGAGUUGGGUGAUGGCACUCUUAUGAGGCAUACCCCUCCUUCAAGAGACAGUACCUUGGGUCCAGCUUACUAUCAGAUGAAUACUAAUGAAACUUAUUCCACAAUGAAGUAUAAAGGAGUGCAUUUUGGCAAUUUGACAGAAAAGCGAUAUGAAUUUAAGAUUCAAGAUGGCCCUGGACCUGGAGACUAUGAUGUAAUUACGGAAAAUGUGCCGCAUUAUGAAAACGUCAACAUCAAGAAGGAGGACCAGAAAAAACAUGACCUCCGUGUUCCACGCUAUCAUGAAGUAAUUGUAUUGCAAGAAGAAAAGAAGGGUGUUCCUGGUCCUGGCCAGUAUGACAUAAGAGGUCAAUUUGAAAAGGGUAGUAUAGCGCAAAGUGAAUCUCGCCGUGUUCCUUUUCUUUCUCUUUCCCAGAGGUUUGCCCCAGUGAAAUCAGCCACCCCAGCUCCUGGCACAUAUAAUGAAACACGCUGUGCUCUUGAGUCCUUGAAUAAAGCUGGUAAAACAAAAAAUGUUCCAUUUGGCCAUACCUCUGUUCGAUUCACCCAGGACUACAGGCUACAGAAAACACCAGGUCCUGCAUUAUAUAAUGUCCCCAACUACAGAAUUGCAGCUGAAAGUCUGAGAAAGGAAGCUCCAGAAAAAAAAAAGAAAGGAGCAUUUGGUUCUUCAGUUCCUAGACUCUUAUAUUUAGUUAAGAGGGAAGCUUUUAGUACUCCUGGUCCAGCUGAUUAUCAGGUCAAAGAGACCACUGAAGAGCCACAUAAAAAGAAGAAGCAAUUAUCUGUUUUUGUUUCAGCAACAGAAAGAAUUCCAGAAAUUAGUAAGGACGCUCCACCACCAGGAUCCUACGAUGUUCAAAAAUCAUUUGAAAAAUCACAGUGUAAAACUGAGUAUUUGCCUCCACGAACCUUAAUGGCUAAAAAGAAACAUACUUCUUUUCUCAGUGGGACAUUUAGGGAAAGCGUAUCAAGGACUGAAAAGGAUUUGCCAGGACCAGGAGCCUACAACCCAGAAACAUAUUACACUAUAGCAAAACCAUCUUCCGGUGUUGCAGUCUGGGUUUCUCGAGUGGACCGUUUUAAAGAAGCAAAAGAUGACAUUCCUGGCCCUGGAGCAUAUGAGCUGAGUCCCCUGUUAAGAGAUACUGUCCUGAAGAAAACAUACAAUAUUACAUUAAACAAUCCACUUUUGAUCCAAGCAUACAAUUCUGCCUUCAGAUAUGUGCCCGUCAGAUCAAACAUAUUAUGUGGUCUCUGUACACCUAAUGAACCAGACUCAAAAAAGCAAAAUGAAGUCUUAGCAGGUGAUAGUAAAUGAAUUCUUAUGAAGGCUACCUUGUGAAGAAAUCUCUUCGGUUUGAUAAUGAUGUCCAUCAACUGUUCAGAUAAACUAUAUUUACCUCAAUAACCUUCAAAAAUAUAAAGAAAAGCUCCUAAAAUUAAUUUUCUUCUUCUUUUUCAAUUUCUCUUGAUAGUACCAGGUUUUUGUUUUUGUUGGGUUUUUUUUUUUGCAAAUUUUCUCCCUACCAUUUAGUACUUUGGUCUUUUACAGAUGUAUCUCUCAUAUUUUCUUUACAUACACUUCCAGACUGAAUAAAAUUAUUUAGCAAAUUAAU